AGAAACCACGAAGUUUCUUUAGGAUACUCGUUGGUUGUUCAUUGGCUGAAACUGAAUAGCGAAAAAGUUUCUGUUGGAUUCUAACAAUAAUUAAAGUCAUAACUAUUUUCAACUUACAACCUCUCGGCUGGAUUUUUCUUCUCUCUCUACAUUUUACAAUUUACAUUCGCAAUGACAAAGAUUUAUUUCGGUUUGAUUGCUUCUUUUCUUAUGGCGGGAGUGAUUGGUCAGGUAGAUAAUACUGAUCCUUUAACAGAUACAUCACUUCAAGUUGCUGCUUUAACAACUGGUGAACAACUAACUUACACUUUAGACAAUAAUCCCCAAUAUAAGAAUAGUAUCGACAAACUAGAAAACCUUAAGAAACAGAUGGGAAACUUGAAUAACACCUUGAACUCUGAAUUUGAAAUAAUUACUGAGAAGCUACCUAAUAUUGAAAAAGAUUUUGAUAAUCAUAUGAAAAUUAAAACGGGUUCGGAUAUAAAACUAGCUGAAUUAAAAGCAAUGCUAACAACUUUUAAUGCAAGACAAGUAAUUAUUGAACAUAGAAUGAACAAUUCAAUGGCAAUUCAAGAUAAAUUGGAAUCAAACAAAAACCUCCUUCCUGAGGGCACUCAUAACAAAUCUGUUGGUCAAGCAGCAGAUUCGAGAGUUGCAUUUUUGGUGCAACGUACUACUGGCUUCAAUUCACAGGGUUCCAUUAUCACUUACCAAAAAAAUGCGCUAAACUUGGGCAAGGCUUUUGAUAUGCCCACGGGAUUAUUUCACGCUCCAGUGGCGGGUGUCUACCACUUUUACUUCGCAGCACUGAAAAUGAAAAAAGAAAUCUCCGGAACCAGUUCCCUUACGGUUCAGUUGAAGAGAGUUGACACGGAAACUGUGUUGGCAGAAAGCCAUGUCAAUUCUAAUGAUUGGUACGGUUGGUUUCCAGUACACAUGCAAGCAACCGUUUAUUUGGAAAAACACAACGUUAUUGGAGUAAAGUUAGCGGAAGGUUCAAUUUAUCAAAGCAGUGAUGAGACUCACCCUCUUACCAGUUUUGGAGGAUUCCUUGUUAGUCGAGGCAAUUAAUUGCUUGACUUAGAUAAUAAUAAAUAGAUAAUAGGUAAGUGAUAAAUGUAAUUGGUAAGCAAUAAAUGUCAAUAUUUUAUUGACAUUUAAUUAUUACUUUCCUUUUACAUUUAUUACUUUACCUAUUAAAUUUAUUACUUUUAUCUUUUAACUACUACAUUUAUCUUUUUUAACUACUAUAUUAUCACUUUAAACUACUACAUUUUUCUUUUUUAACUACUACAUUUAUCCUUUUUAACUACUUCUUUUAUCACUUUUUUACAUUUAUUGCUAGACUAGAAAGUUGAAACCCAUUUUGUAUUGGUUGAUCAAUGAAAUAAAUCUGAUUAUACAGCAAAAAAAAA